UCCAGGGCUGAAUAAUUGAUCUCUCUGUACCGGUCAGGAGGACGAUGGUGGGACGCCUCUCUCUGCAUGUGAUUCAGUCCCAUCGCGGUGCAAACCACCACCCCCUCCACUCCACUUCCUCCUCCCUAUUUUCCCCUCUCUCUCUUCCUACGUGUGUUUUUGUGAGUGUAUGUGGAGACGAAUCGGAGAGCAGGAGGAAGAACCAAGGACGUCCUGUUUUUUUUUUUCUUUUCGAUCCCUUGGAGCCGGAGAUACGAGGAGCUGUCAUUAGCCCGCGCCGCUGCCGCCUGCUGCAGGAGAACUUCGCCGGUGUCUCAGCCUGAUCCCAGCUCUCUGAUCCCCCGCUCGUUGUGUCUGAGGACUGGAACCAGUUGCAGGACCGGAGAUCUGCAGACACGGGAUUCUACUUCUCUGCAACUAUUGAAUGUAACAUCGAUUGGAUAAAGGACGGCAAGGAACCCUAAGCCAUCAUCAUGAAUUUCGUUAUGAAGCAAGCGUUGGGGGGGGCCACUAAAGACAUGGGCAAAAUGCUUGGUGGAGAGGCGGAGGCCGACCCUGAUGCCCAGAAAAAAGAGGAAGAAAGACAAGAAGCAUUGAGGCAACAAGAAGAGGAAAGAAAGGCAAAAUAUGCAAAAAUGGAAGCAGAAAGAGAAAACAUUCGACAGGGCAUCAGGGACAAGUACGGCAUCAAGAAGAAGGAGGAGAAGGAAGCCGAGGCAGCAGCUGCUAUGGAGCAAGCCUCAGAGGGCAGCCUUACACGCCCCAAAAAGGCCGUCCCCGCCGGCUGUGGUGACGAGGAAGAGGAGGAAAGCAUCGUGGAUACCGUCAUGAAAUUCAUCCCAGCCCCUCUGAUGGAUAUGUUCAAUAAAAAGUAACAGGGCUUUGUCCGCAAAUACAUUUAACUUCUUACAACUUCUUUCUAAUUAAUGCUGUACAAGCCUGUCCCACUCCAACCUGCCGUCAUGCUCUACUUCACACGCGCCCCAUCCUAUCAAACCAAAUACUAAGUGUCCUGGAAUUACGCAGCAUGCCAUGAUUUUGUCUGAGCUAAACUGGCCAAUCUUAGACCGUGAUUCAUCCAUUUGAUAUCAUAACUCUGUUAUCCUGUCUUAAAAACACCUGCACAGUUCUCUUUAUUUUAAGCUUAUCUGAUUACAUCUUUUCAUAAUUUGCUCAGAAUAAGUUUAAACAUCACCACCUUUUUGUUUGUAAAUAGUCUCAGAAGUAUAAAAGAGUACUAUAUAUGACUUAAAAUAUGAAAGAUAACAAGAUAGCUAAGAGUAUAAGCCAUAUUUUUACCUUUUAGGAACUAAUCCAAAUCAUAUCAAAUUUGAUUAAAAUUUAAUUUAUCCUUUUACGUUCCUCCUAGUAUUUGAUACAGUGUACAUAAAUACAUUUUUAAAUCGGUUCUCCAUUGUGGCCAUUCACCCUGAUCUGAUGUUCUCCUUGAGUCACAGUGAAUGUGUAAUAUGAGCACUACUUUGUAACACGUGUAAAACAAACAGUGAAGGAUAUUUAUUUGUAAUAAAACAUAUUUUGAUUUGUUUAUUUUUAAUGCAUGCAGCUAAUACCUAUAAAGUAAUGUGCAUAUAUGGUUUCAGUUUCAUCUGUACUGAUGAAAGAGAAGAUGUUGGUAUUUUAGGCAAUAAAUGGUCCUCCAAUAUUUUUAUUUAAUUAAAACAUUUCAUUCCACUUCGCUAGACUUUAGAAGAUAACUGACUUAUUGUUCAAAAUGUUCUUCCAUGGAGAAACAGUUUUUUUUCUCCAUAUGUGAAACUUGUCUUAAAGCAGGAGGGUAAAAUUCCAUAAAUUAAAAAAAAUAAAUAAACUCACUGGUUAUAUUAUAUUUGAUUGUGGCUUACAAAAAAUUGUUUUGUGUUUGCCAGUGUUAUUUAGUCAUCUUUUAAAUCAAGACGUGUACAAGUUUAACCUGGCAGGUUAAUUUGAAGCUAUGUGUAAUAUGUAACGCCGUGUUUUUUUGUUUUUUUUUAUUGUAAAAAAAAAAAAAAAAGAAAUUUCACAAACGCAACUAAGUUGUGUGCACACUAUAUGUGAACAGACAGUGACAAUAGUGCAAUAUAUUGGUCAAAAUGAAGUUGUCCUGUGUCUGUUGGUUUAAAAAAUGGGAGAAUAGUCCCAAAUCAGCAAUAACAGACAAUCUUCAUUGUUUUGUGUUUUUAGAGUUACCCCUAAAUGUUAGUCGAUGUUAAAGACAAACAUGUGUCAGCACACUGUGGUAAAGUGAAACUUUUGUAGGUCAGACAUGCUAAUCAAAUCACCAUAAAGUGGGAAUUUAGGACCAUUUGCUUCAUAUCAUAAAAGUAUUGGAUAUGUUUCAUCAACUUGCAUUCACAACACAUGCGCUUCACUUGUUGUAAUUACAUUUAAAAAAAAGCUCUUUUAGAGAGUUUAAUGACUUUAGUAGGGAAAAUAUUUAAUUCUACAUUACAGACUCUGCUGAUAAGCUGGUAAAAGCUGCACAAGGAUUAAAACCUGAUUUCUUUUGUAGGCCUUUCUUUUUGAUUGUGGUUCAUUCCAGAGUGUCUUGUUAAACAUUCCAGAUAUUUCCAACAUUCCACCAGUUUUAUGCUGGUCAUCCAUUUACCUGAAAACAGAUAACAAUUACAGUUGGCCACAAUGAAUGCCUUCUUUGCCUUUCAGACUAUUACAUCACAAUGUAGACCUUAAUCUCUUAAUCUAUCUGUGCUUUUAUAAGUAAACAAUUAUAGAUUGGUUAGAAGAAAAGUAGUGAAAUGACUGCCAAUGCUCAUUAAAGGGUAAUUUUAGCUGCCGUGUACAGAAAAGCCCAAAAUCCAAUCAAUGUAAUCAUCCAUGUAUUUUAAUACUGUGGUGAAUUUUUUUACUAAAUGUUUUGUGAUCAACUUGUGCACAGUAGGCGUAGUCAUAAAUAAGGAUUUACAGCGCAUACAUUUUGUCACAAUAUUGCGGGAUAUGUGUGUCCCUCUCCCUCCUAUAAGUGAAUUCACUUUUAAUUCAGUGCUUUGUAAACACCAUAAUUACGUAGAAUACAGUAUACAGUACAACAUAACAUUGCUUUAUUGCCACAUAUAGAGCAUGUUUAUUCAAUGUCUUGUGAAUUUGAUGCAUUAGUAAACCACUGUUACAGCAUAAUGUCAGCAACACACCAUCUGAUAGUUGUCCCUGUGUUAUACAUAGCUAUCAGCUAAAAGAACAGUUAUUUAAUUAUACCAAAGAAUAGUGAUCUUCAUCGCAGAUUUAGCGGAAAAGUUUCCAUUUGUGUUAUAGUAACUUCUCAGGUAUUAUAGCUCAUUGUUUGACAGUUAGAAAUUAACCACAGCCGUCACUGAAUUAGCAUCACUAUGAAUAAAAGCGCAUUAUAACUCACUUAGCUAUCAAUUUAGUGAGUCAACAGCUACUAUGUGUAUAUUGAAUAUUAAUUUUGCUUCUGUUCAACAUUUCCAAGCAGCUGCAUCCAAGUAAAGAAAAACUUAGAUUUAUUUUUAUUGUUUUUAGGACUACUAUUUUUUUUUUUUUUUUUACUGACCUAUUUCAUAGCUACAGUAGCAAACUCAGUGUUAAGCUAACUAAUAUUUAUAAAAACCUAUUUCACCCAGGUAACAUUUGCAAUCUCAUUGCAUCAAAUUAAGUUACAGUCAACUUACUUUUAUUUAUCUAUUUACUUAUUUUUGUCUUAUAACAUUUCAGCUAGCUACGUUAGCUAUGCUAAGAAUUAGUAGCGACACCACAUAAAUGGUCAGUUCACUUCUAAGCUACAUUCAUGAACAACGAGAACUUUGAUCUUUGGUUAAUUUACUGCUUUUAAAUAGCUAGUGUCACCGAUAGCAAGUUAAUUGAACUGCCAGUUGGGUAAUUCGCAUCACAGCAACUUUUAUUUUGAAAUACAUUCAGUCCUAGAUUAUGCUAAAAACUAAAAUCACUGCCUUAAAAUGAACAAUAUACAACAUAUAAAUAUAUAUAUAUAUACAACAUAAACAACUUUACUUUCUUGCUUCUCGCAACUUAGGUAAUAGGUCAUAUUUAAGUUUGAACAUCUUUGGUCUUGGAAUAUUUUAGAAAGUUAAAAUAACGGCCCUUGUCAGUUAUACCAAGCAACAAUAAUUAUUUUCAAAAGUAUUUUUCAAACUAACGCUCAGAAAUCAAAUCAUUGUCUGCAAGAACACAUCUAUUCCUAAACACAUUUAUCAUUAUGAUCUCAUAUAAACAUAAAAUUGCUAUUAUACUGCCCAAACAAACUGUCCCAGUCUUUGGGCAAUUCUACAUUUUCCAUGCAGUUAAAGUGUCAAAAACUCACAACGGUUGGACGUCAUGUCUUUAUGUCACUCAUACGCUCAUUAAUAGGUUUUAAAAACUGCCUGAAUAUAAUUAACAUGGCUUCUAGAAGAAUAAUCCUUUGAUGUGACUUGAAUGUAACUGUCUGACGUUUCUCUCUUCUAGCAUCUGUCUUUUCUCUGUUCUCUGUGCUGAGGAGAUGCUAGUUCUGGUGCACUUUUUGUUUUUUGUUUUCUUGUCUUUUGUCAGCGCUGUUUCUGUCCUCUGGUGGCUGGCAUUUUGAGAAAAAGUAGAAAGACAUGUUUUUAUGUGGUGCAUUAAUUUGCACUGCGAAAAGUCUCCUCACCUUUCCCCCUCCCUUUCCUCUCUGUAUUCCCCCUAUGUGUUGGCAAAAGUGUAUGCAUGCUUUUGGUGUGCGAUGUAGGCAAGGUUGUGGAUAUAAACGUUUCGUGUCCUCUCUGUGUUUCAAAGCCCCACGUGUUAGCCUCACUGCAUGCUGUUUUAGACAAAUAUUUCAAUAUGUAAUUUCCUGCAAAAAUGGAAUCACAGCACACUGAGAAUAAAGUGAUUUCAUAUAAUUUGUCAUAGUCUUGUGUUUCUGAAUUUAAACUGUAAUACAUCCGGGCCAUGACUUAUUUCAACACUGCGGAAAUAUGGAGUCAUUCAUAGAGGCCAGCCUUAAGACUGCUUUUUGGAAAAAGAUCCAACCUUACAGAAUAAUGUCUCUGUCAAUCAAUUAUGUUUUUCAUCUCCAAAUGACAAUUUUUUUUUUAUAACUGGGA